AUGAUGGAGCAGUCAAAUUCAUUAUUGUUAAAUGAAGAAGCACUGAAACUUUGUACGGAUUCCAGAAAACCUGUUUUUGUAUACGAGUGGUUACGAUAUCUUGAUCGCAUAUUACCCGCUGCUCAAAAGGCUGACAUAAAAUCUGUACAGAAGAAGCUGAUUGAACAGCUGACAUCACGCAUUUUAGCUGCACCAGGACCACCUACCAGGGAACUGUUGGCAAAAUGUAUUGCACAGGUGUACUCAGUUGGGGACACGUAUAGCCUUUUUGAAACAAUAAACACCUGCAACGAUAUUCUAAAAGGACGAGAUGAUUCGCCAACGCACCUCCCAGUCAAACUGGCCGCUUUGCGAUGCUUGGGAGCUAUGUAUGAAACACUGGGUAGAUUGGUAGGUCGGAGUUAUGAAGAAUCUUUCCACCAUAUGGCGAGAUGGUUGAAAAAUGCAGAGUCUCAAGGGCGCACCGAAUUACUGUAUACAUUUGCUAAACUGGUCAAAGGCUUGGGUGUUGGUGCAUCUUCUAUUCACAAGGAUUUGUAUAAAAUUCUUAAAACACACAUGUCAGAUCGAGUCGUAAUGGUUAGGACGGCUGCAAUUAAUUGUCUUACUCUAUUAAUCCCGGUGUAUCCAUUUUUAUACACUAACGAAGUGGAAAGUAUUGGUACAUUGUGUUUCAAAGCUCUUGAAUCGAGUAAUUAUGAAGUACGUCAUGCAGUGGCACAACUGUUCGGUGCAUUACUAUGUACUGCUAUGAAUCCUCCAAGACGGUAUAUGUCUGGCAAUAGAAAUCAGCAAAAUGCUUCUUCCUUGAAGGUAGUAACAAUUGAGGAUUGUUUCGGUAUUUUGUCGCACGGAUUUUUGAGAGGUGGGAUUGGCGGCUUUUUAAAAACUGGCACCGUUGCAGUUGCUGGUGGACAGAAAGAAAUACGAAUUGGAGUUGCACUUGCUUACGUUGCGUUAUUGAGAGAGCUUGGUCCAUUAUGGCUGGAAAAAAAUCUUAUAUUUAUUAUCAAACAUUUAAUGGAUGUUAUUGCAAAAUGUGGGCCGUUAGCCUAUACGAAUAAUCCUAUCCAAGCUGCUGAAGUGGUCUAUAUGCGGCGAUGUAUUGGUUAUAUAUUGCGGAGUACUGUUGGUACAAUUCUGAGUGAGCAAGCACAAAUUGCCGUUUGCAAACAGCUGGGCACAAUUUUAGCCGAUUGUAUUAAUUCUUUUGCCGAUUACAAUCUGGAUCCUGGAAAUGAAAAAAUGCUUGGGCCUGAAACAUAUGCCAGUGCACAGACAGCGAUCAUCAUUUUAUUGGAGAUUUCAUGUUUGGUUCGACAAAUUGGUACUGCGGUGACACCUCUUUUCACUGAAGCAUCAGGUAUAAUGGAACCUGUAUUCGCUUGCCUUCUGCAUCCAGUCCAAGCUGCUCGAAUAGCUGCUUCAUGGUGUUUGCGAUGUGUAACUAUUAGCGUCCCAUCACAGCUAACUCCUCUAAUUGAUCGUUGUGUCAACAGAUUGGAGCAUAUGAAGAGCUGUGGUGAUGCGAUAAGCGGCUAUUCAUUUGCGUUAAGUGCUCUUCUUGUAGGUUCUAUACAAUGUAAGCUCGGUAUCCCGCAUGCUAAAUCGAGGUUAUGUUUUUCAAUUCAGAAAGUGAAAAACCUCAAAAGAUUAAAAUCUACAAAGAAAAAAUCAAAUAAAUAUAAU